CCCUCCUGUCCGCGUCCCUGGUCGCCUCCCUGGGUCCUCGGGGACUCCAGGUCUCACCGCUGCGUCUCCGCGCCUCUCGCUGUGUCUUUCUCGGUCUCUGUGCGUCAAUCUCUGCCUCUCUCUCUGUGUCCCUCUCGGGCUGUCUCCGUCCGUGCCUCGCUCCCCCGCCGCCGUGCCCUCCUCUCGCCGGCCGUCCGGUGGCCCGAGGGGGCGGCGGGCCCGGCGCGGACGCGAUGAGCGGCGCCUGCACGAGCUACGUGAGCGCCGAGCAGGAGGUGGUGCGCGGCUUCAGCUGCCCGCGGCCGGGGGGCGAGGCGGCCGCCGUCUUCUGCUGCGGCUUCCGCGACCACAAGUACUGCUGCGACGACCCGCACAGCUUCUUCCCCUACGAGCACAGCUACAUGUGGUGGCUCAGUAUCGGCGCUCUUGUGGGCCUGUCCAUAGCAGCGGUGGUCCUCCUGGCCUUCAUUGUCACCGCUUGUGUGCUCUGUUACCUGUUCAUCAGCUCAAAGCCCCACACAAAGUUGGACCCAGGCUUAAGCUUACAGACUACAGAUGCACCAUUCUUCCUGGAUAUCCUCUAUCAAUGGGUCUUAAAGCACAGGAGUUUUCUAGACAGAGAAGGUAUAAAGUGUCAUUCCAGGCAGAAGAAACAGCACAAGCAAAGACCUAGAGAUGUGAAGGAAUGGACCUCUUUAGGAAACAAUGAAAAUUUUGGUGUGGCAAAGCAUAGAGUUCUUGAGGGAAGAGUAGUUAGUAACAAAGCUGAAGAGAAGGAAUGAGAUCAGUACAUGAAGAGCCUUGAAUGCCACCUCAAGGAUCACAGACCCGGAGGAGGCGCCCCCUGACCGCCAAGGUGGGAACAUGGGCAAUUCGGUGGAGGUGCCAG